AUGGAUGGCUUCAAUCAAACUGUGGACUUGGUUGGGUCUACUAGCCCCUCAUACCAGGUUUACCACUACCUAACAUCAAAUAAACAAAUCAACUAUCUCUACCAAUUGUAUUUGUCAGCUUCUUGGUUACAAAUUGUUGUUGCAUCUAUUGUGUUGAUAUUAUCCUACGACCAAGUCAAGUAUCAAUUGAAUAAAGGUUCUAUAGCUGGGCCCAAGUUUAAAGUUUGGCCCAUUAUUGGCCCAUUUUUGGAAUCCUUGGACCCUAAGUUCGAAGAGUACAAGUCUAAAUGGGACAGUGGUGCUUUGAGUUGCGUUUCAAUUUUCCACAAGUUUGUUGUUAUUGCUUCUACAAGAGAUUUGGCAAGAAAGAUCUUGUCAUCGCCAAAAUACGUCAAACCUUGUGUUGUUGAUGUGGCUAUCAAGAUUUUAAGACCCACCAAUUGGGUGUUUCUCGAUGGAAAAGAACACACCGAUUACCGUAGGUCUUUGAACGGUCUUUUCUCGCAAAAGGCAUUGGAGGUUUACAUUCCGGUUCAGGAAAAGUAUAUGGAUAUUUACCUCGAAAGGUAUUUAAACUAUGAUGGACCACGUGAAUUUUUCCCUGAAUUUAGAGAAUUGCUUUGUGCUUUGUCAUUGAGAACAUUUUGUGGUGACUACAUCACUGAAGAUCAAAUUGCAUUAAUUGCUGACAACUAUUUCAGAAUCACUGCUGCUUUGGAAUUGGUCAAUUUCCCCAUUAUUAUCCCUUACACCAAGACUUGGUAUGGUAAAAAGAUUGCCGAUGAUACGAUGAAGAUUUUUGAAAAAUGUGCUGCCAUGGCCAAGGUCCAUAUUGGUGAGGGUGGUAAGCCAACUUGUGUUAUGGAUGAAUGGAUCUACCUAAUGAAGGAAGCCAAAGACAAACAUUUGGAUGAUCCUGAAUCCAAAUUAUUGAUUAGAGAAUUUUCCAAUCGUGAAAUUAGUGAAACUAUCUUUACCUUUUUAUUUGCCAGUCAAGAUGCUUCAAGUUCAUUAGCAUGUUGGUUAUUCCAAAUUGUUGCUGAUCGUCCAGACAUUGUUGCCAAAAUCAGAGAAGAACAAUUGAGAGUUCGUAAUGGUGACAUGAGUGUUCCAUUGGACUUGAAUUUGAUCCAACAAAUGAAGUACACCAACAAUACCGUGAGAGAGACUCUUAGAUACAGACCACCAGUCUUGAUGGUUCCUUAUGUUGUUAAGAAAAAUUUCCCUAUCACUGACUCCUACACAGCACCAAAGGGUUCCAUGGUUAUCCCCACAUUGUAUCCAGCAUUGCAUGACCCUGAGGUGUUUGAAGAUGCCGAAAGCUUUAUUCCUGAACGUUGGGAAAAUCCCACUGGUGAUAUGGAUAAAAGAAACUGGUUACCUUUUGGUGUUGGACCUCAUGUGUGUCUUGGUCAAAAGUACGUUUUGAUGUUGUUUACCGGUAUGCUUGGUAAGUUCCUUAUGGGUGCCGACUUGGUGCACUCAAAGACUGCAUUGAGUGAGGAGAUUAAGGUGUUUGCUACUAUUUUCCCCAAGGAUGAUUUGAUUCUUGAGUUUAAAAGAAGAGAGACUUUGUAA